AUGUCUCCUCCACCUUUGAAGAAGUCAAAAAAUUUCAUGAUCAACAGUCUACUUGAUCUACAAUCAGGAGGAGGUGAUUUUUUAAAACUUUUGGGGGAAGAAACCAAAAUUACCCGAAAAUUCAAUAUAACCAAACUUUCUACUAAAUUUUUAAUAACUGGUCUACCCGAUCAACCAGAGGGAUUGCUAAGGGAACUUUUCCAAAAAUGUAUUGACCAAACUCUGGAAAUCAGCCGGGAUAAUCAAAUCGACCCUGAUCAGCUUGGCUGUACCGUGAGCAGUCAAUUACUGGAAUCUGAUAUCUGGAUCCCAAUCCGUGAAAUUACUCCCAACACGGUGGAUUCAAUUCUUAAUCAAUUCCUUAAAGUUGCCCAAUCCAAGAAACAGGAUCAGGGAAUGCUCUGGGGCGAACCCUUCACCGUCUCCGUUACUACCGUAGAUAAGAAGAAUUUACCUACAACACGUUCUAUUAAUGGUAGUGGUGGCAAACCUACUCGUCGGAUCAGCGACAAGAAUCUCAUCAAAAUUCAUAAUUCCGACAACUAUUGUUUAUUCUAUGCAUUAAUGGCUUCAUAUAUUUAUUCAAUAUGUUCCUGGUCUAGGAGUAAAUUUUAUGACUAUAUACACAACAGAAAAGGUACUCGUCGACUUGAUCAGGACACCAAGAAUCUUAUGGCAAAUGUGGGAGCACCUGUUGACCUGUCUACUUAUGAUGCAAAGGAAUGGGUACCAAAAGUGGUUGAUUUCUGGAAUUCAAGGAAUGAAGGUGGAUUUAAAGUUUUUAUUUUUGGGGAAUUCGACGAGAAACCUAUUUUCAAAUAUGGGGCUGAAAAUUACAAUACCCCUAUUUUGGUUUAUUACAACAAUAAUCAUUUUGAUGGGGUUAGAAGGGCAAGUGAUUUAUUUGGGGAAGCAUAUUGCCUUGCCUGUGAAACAAGUUACAACCGGUCAAAAUAUCAUUCAGCCUCCUGCAAAGCAAAGUGUCAGAACUGCUGCAGGAUUGGACCUGGCUUUCCCUGUCAAACUUUGAAUAACUACUCCAAACUGUGCAAUGGUUGCUACAAGGAAUUUAAUAAUGAAGAGUGCUACAAUCAUCACCUGAAAUCUAACUUUUGCAGCAACUCUAAAAAGUGUGAAAAAUGCGGUGUGGUUUGGAUUGUAAAGGAUAACAACCGGAAUGGGCGUACUGGCCACGUGUGCUCCGAACGGUAUUGCAACACGUGUUUUAGUUUUCAUGAUCUAAAAAGAGGUUGUUACAUUAAACCUCUUACUCCCAGGAAGCCCAAGCCAUACAAGAUUAUCGCCUUUGACUUUGAGACUAUGCAACACAAACAAGGCGAAAAGGGUAAACUACACGAAGUGAAUUUUAUAGCAGCAAAAAUCAAUUGCCCCGAGUGUAUUAAUAAAGGAAUGAACACCAACUGUACUGUUUGUGGAGAAGAUCGAACUAUAACCUUCUCCCAUCAUCCUUUCUCUAAUACAUCAGUGGAUCAGCAAAAUAUUACUAAUGAUCCCCUGACCGAUUUUGUGGCUUGGAUAACCAAUUUUUCUACUGAUACAGUCGCCUUUUCUCAUUUUGGAGGAAGGUUCGAUAUGGUCUUGGUCUUCAAAGCUCUGUAUCUUCAAGGACUGACCCCGGAUAUGAUCAAGAAUGGAAACAAAAUGUACGAAAUGAAGGUGAAGAAUGAUAAGAAAUGUUGGGUCAUCUUUCACGAUACGUAUAAUUUAAUGCCUAUGCCCUUGGCUUCUCUGGUACCGGCAUUUGCUCUACAGGUGGAAGACAAGCCUUUUUUCCCCCACCUGGCCAACAAUCCGAAAAAUUAUGGGAAAGAAAUUUACCCAACAAAGGAAGAGUACCUUGCAAAUGGAAUGAUGCCUGAAAAGAGGGCUCAGUUCGAUAAAUGGUUCGAACAACAUAAAAGCGAACCCUUCAAUCUAAAUGAACAACUAGCAGCCUAUUGUACAAACGAUGUGGAUAUUUUAAUGGCUGCUCUCAUUGCCUUCAGAAAAGAAUUUCUGGAGGUUUCAAAUGGACUUGAUGUUCUUCGAGAGUCCAUGACUAUAGCUUCUGCCUGUAUGAAGCAUUUCCGCAUGAAUCACCUCAAACGGCAACAUGUUGGAAUUGUACCGGAAAAAGGAUACGACAAUGUGGAUAACCAAAGUUUGCUGGCUCUCCGAUUUCUCAAGUGGUACUCUGAAAAGAAUAUGGUCAAUAUUAGGACAGCCCACUCAGAAAAUGGAGAGAAAAAGAUGGGUAAAUAUAAGUUAGAUGGCUGGGUCAAGGAGAAGAAACUGGCUAUUGAGGUAAAUGGGUGUUGCUGGCACGGAUGUAUUAAGUGCUACCCCGAUGACGACAUUAAACUCCCAACAGGUCUAACAGCAGGACAACAGAGGCAAAAGGACAACCAACGUUUGAGUUUCAUCAAGAAUCUGGGAGUGAAUGUGGAAGUUUAUUGGGAGUGUGAAAUACGUAAUAUGGUUUCAAAGGACUAUGAAAUGAGGAAAAUGUUCAAGAACUAUUUGGAUGAUGGACCCAUCAAUAUUAGGUCUGCAUUCUAUGGUGGAAGGACUGGUCCACUGAAACUCUUCCACAAAGCUGAACCUGGUCAGAAAAUCUCCUACUACGACGUAACUUCCUUAUACCCGUUUAUUAAUGUUUCAACAAGGUACCCAGUUGGACACCCUGAAGUCCACGUCAUAAAUAAAGAUGUCAACUGGACCAAACCUGAAGACAACAAAUACCAACUUGCUCUACUCAAACUGUUCAUCAUCCCACCACGUAAUAUUGAUAUUCCGGUCUUACCUAUGAAAAUUGGGGAAGAAGACGAUGAAAGACUCCUUUUUCCACUAUGCUCUACAUGUGCCAAAGAGCAUCCACAUGGUGAUGUGAAGGAAAACUACUGUUGCCCUCACACCGACCAACAAAGAGGGUGGGUCAGCACAUGUACGUCUAUUGAGCUUAAUGAAGCUCUCAAGGAGGGGUAUGUGGUCACCAAAUUAUUUAGGGUGUUGGAAUUUAAUCAACAUGACGACACGCUCUUUAGGCCAUAUAUUAGUGAAUUUAUGGCACAGAAAAUUCACUCUUCUGGUUUCGACAGUGCCAUCAAGGGUGACAAGGAGAAGGAAGAUAAGUUUAUGAAAGAGUGCCUGGAAAAGUUUGGAAUUAAUAUAGAAAGGGAAAAGAUGGUCGUCAAUAAAGGGAAACGGACACAAGCAAAAUUGUGUCUAAACAACUUGUGGGGUCGAUUUUCGUUAAGGAAUUUUGGGCUUUCUCAAUGCAAAAUCACGGACGAUCCAAAUGAAUUGGCCAAAAUGUGCGACGACCCGUCAAUCACAAUUAAUUCAAUUGAUGAGCUCACAGAGGAUGUAAUACUUAUCAACUACAUCAAGAAGAAAGACUGGGUCGAGGAGCAUGACUCGUCCAAUGUCAUCAUCUCGCUCUGGACCACCUCAGCAGCGAGAAUCCACCUUCUACAUGCGAUGCAGAAGGUUGUCAGGACGCCUGGGUGUCAGUUACUUUACACUGACACAGAUUCAUUAAUCUUCUCCCACCCAGACAACAAUUGCCCACUUGAAUUAGGGCCUCAUCUGGGUCAGUUUACUGACGAGUACCCAGACUUUAAUAUUUUGGAAUACUGUUCUGGGGGCGCUAAACAAUAUGGGGUGAAGCUGCAAAAGAAGUCUACACCCAACAGUGAACCGGACUAUGUGCUCAAAGUCCGUGGAAUGACUCUCAACUGGGAUGUCAUCAACAACCAAGGUCUCUGCUACGAAAAUUUCAAGAAACAAGUUUUUGAUUUUACAAAAUCAGAUAAUAUACCGAUUUUAAUUAAAUAUCCAAAUUUUCUUAGGCCAUCUAUUAGAGAUGGUUCAAUUAUUACUCAACCCCUUACUAAAAUUUAUAAACCGUAUGUCGGUAAGGGCAUUGUCCGCCCUUCCGAUUUUGUUGUACUAAAUUUUGGCCAUAUUAAUAAUAAACAUCCUAGAAUUUUAUUGUAA